AUGGUGGCGGAGAGAGGAGGAGGAGAAGGAGGAAGAGGCGACGGCAGUUGCAGCAGCGGAAGGAGGAGGAGACGGCGGCGGGUCCCUGCGCUACUGGCUCCUACGGAGGGCGGCGGGCAUAGAGAUCCCGGAGCGGCGGCGGAGGACGGGGACGGCCGGGAGAAGGAUGAAAGGGCUGAGGAGAGCCUCUCUUCGCCCAGGGGGUCCCGGGACGUCCUCGAAGGCGACGGCAGGAGCGAGCGGAAGCGCCUCGGUCUGCGCCUGUGCCUCGGCACGGGGGCGAGCGCGGAGAGGAACUGCGCGCCGCACGCCGGGCGGGAGAGGGUGGCUCGUUGGGUGCGCGUUCUGGCGGGGUCUGUGCGGGAGCGGCUGGAGGUGAGCGGGGUCGGGGCGGCGUUCGCUGGGCGCGUACGUGAUCCUAUUAAUUCCAAAAUGAAACAGAAACCGAACUCAGAAAAAUCAUCAGGAUCUUUGGAGAAGUACCUCACAGACACCAUAGGCAGUGCUGCCUCAAGACGGACUCUUAAAAUGAUUCAGCCUUCAGCAACAGGUUGCCUGGUUGGCAGACGUAAUGAGAAGAAAUCUUCAGUCAAAAGGAAACUCCAAAAUAACAAGUUGACCUCAAAGGCUUGUAAAGCUGAGAUGUCUGUGGACAAGGAGCAAGAAAAUGAGAAUAUGAAUGAUGCCAUUCAAGCUAUAGAUCUCAUGAUAAAAGGAAGCCCUUCAUCUCAAUAUUGGAAAGAAUUGGCUGAAGAGAGGAGGAAGGCUCUGUAUGAAGUACUUCAAGAAAAUGAAAAGCUGCACAAAGAAAUUGAACAGAAAGAUGGUGAAAUUGCCCGCCUAAAAGAAGAAAAUGAAGAGCUAAUGUCCCUUGCUGAACAUGUGCAUUAUAUGACCAGCAUGAUUGAGAGACUGACUGGGGAAGCACCUGACAAUCUUGAGACACUGAAGAGUCUGGCUCCAGAGGAAUCUGAACAGGAAAAUAAAGAGCUUAACUGUGGAGAUGAUGCAGAUAGCACUUCUUCAGAAGGGCCAGCACAAGUAUCAUGUGGCUUAAGGGAGUGUAUAUCAGACCUUGCUUCAAAGGAAGCAAAUAAUUUGCAACUGGAAUGACAACCUUAAAUAGGCUUGUGUAUGUGGCUUUUAAUUGCAGACUUCCUCUUGAAAGGAUAUACUAAAACUCCUCAGGUAUAGAAACUUCUGUGGAAGCAUUACAGAUGUUGGUUUUUAACUGAAAUUAUGUAGCAGUGGGAGUAUCUGGAUACUGCGUAGAAAACUUACUACAGGCUGCAUUUAGUUGCUUGUCUAAAAUGCAAAUACUGUGUAUUUCAAACUGUUGUGUAAAUAUCUUACCUGUUGGUCUGACAUGAUACAUGAAAAUUGAUAAAUAAAUGUUUGCCUUACUAAAACAGCCUCUUAUUGAGUGGGGACUGGCUAGUUCCAGGUUUGUAAGUCAAUUGUGACUACUGUAGAUGGAAACUUUCAAGUGUUUUAGGGAGUGCCUGGGCUGUUUUUAAUUCCUUAGAUUUGCAGAAUUGUGGAGAACAGAGUGGGUUUGGUGGCUAGGGAAAGCAAAAUAAAACUUGUGUGCUGUUGGUGAGGCUUCAGAAAAUCAAGAGUGAGUAAUAAGAGUCAAGAUCUAAAGUUUAGAUGUAUGCUUUUCAGGGGUUUUGAAAUAAUUGCCUCUGUUUAAGGGACCCUUUUCAAAGAUGUAUAUGUGAGAGCUUAGGUAAGUACAAAGUAUUAGUCUCUUUUAGAAACACAUUUAUUGACUUGCAAAAAAGUGGGGUAUUCUUGCUCUUCAUAGUAGCUGUACUGAAAACUAGAGGGAGAUAAGGCAGCUUACACUUCAGAGGUGUUCUGAAAGGAAGCUCCAUGUCUGUUUUCAAAGUACUGCUCUGGUGUUUACUGAGAGAUGAGGCACCUUUUUGCCAAGACAGUAAUGUUCUGAAAGGUUUACAGGAAUAAAAAGCACUCUUUAAAACUUUCAGCACCUUAUCUGGCCUCCAUAUUGAGAGGGAGGGGAAGACUUGCAGUUGAAAGCACUGAAGUAGAAAGGGAGAGUAAGUUUAAUAUAGAUUUUUUUCCAGUCCUGAGUGAACUUGGCAGUUGUUCUAUAAGUACCAAGGUCUCCCAAGGUGAGGCUUUAAAAGAUGGUGGCCAUGGUAGUAUCUUGUGGAGAGCUUAAAGCUGUCUUUCAGGCAGCAGAGAUCGUCAGGGAUUCUGGUUUAUGGAUCUAUCAGGCCUUGCCAGAAUGAGUGCUUCAGGGUUAUGUGCGAAUGCACCCCUGGAGCUAUCAGUGGCACCUUUAGAUUCCUUCCACAGCUUAUUCUUUCCCUGUGGGUGUCAUAACUUCCUGUUUCGCAACUGAUAUCAGUUGUGACAUUCCCUGAACCAUUGUGGGAAGCAGUAUUCCUUCUAGCUUCCAUUUCAUUGUUAAUCCAGUAACAACAAGGUGAGGCAUCAGAUUUUCCUUGGAACUUUGUAAACAAAAGAUUAUGCCUUCCAAUUUGUGCUCUAGGGGGUGCUUAGGCAUAAUCCUUUUCAUCACAGUGCAAAAAUGGUGACAAAGGUGUGUCCUUUGACUUGCACUGAUGCUGUGGUUGAGGUGAAAAACAACUGAAUGUUGAAUAACUGCUUUGUAGAGUAACCUUGGUUUUCUGUUCAAAAGAAAUAGACAAUAUUGUUGAGUGGCUUAAACCUCUUCUAGCUGAGAUUCCAAGUAGUUUUCAUCUCAAAGUAGUUCUUCAACAAUAGUAAAUAAGGAAACACAAUUUAACUUCAGUUGCAUAAAGACUAUUAUAAGUAGUUAUUUCAAUUAACGGUUAUUGUUCAGAAGUGGCUUUAUUUUUAAGUAUCAGGAAUAUUUUUGCAUUUGCAGACACUGUAGAAGGAAGAAAGCACUGUUGCAUAAUUAGCUAGCCAGGCAGGCCAAUUCAACUGAGGCACCAAGUGCAACUCUUCCACCAUUUCACCUCCUGCUCUGUGAACUGCUGUAAUACAGGUGCUGUUCUUAGAACAAAGAACUGCUAAAAAGUAACAAAUCAAGAAUUUGCAUGCAUUAUCUGUGUCUAUCUCUUCCUUAGUUUCAUCAAGAUGGUCCAGAAGAAUGCUCAUUAGAUUUAAAUGUGGUUUUAUUGAUUGAUGUUAUUUAAACAAGACAGUCCAUUGAGUAGCUGGAUCUGUACUCCUGUUGAAAUGGAUUGUGUACAAAAUAAAUCAUGCAAGUUCUUCCAUGUUGAUGGAUGUAUUGCAGCAUUUGACCCAUUUUAUUGUAAUAAACUUUUUACAUUAAAAAGACAUGUGCCACUUUGUAAUACAUACAUUUGUACCAGAAGUCUUCAAACCAAGACUGCUAGGAUUUUAUUAGCUUAAAUUCAUUAGCAGAGAGAAUAGUUUGCUGUAUAAACUCUGGAAACAGCAUGCUGCAGAAGACUAAGUAUGAGAGCUGAAUUGUGGCAUAGAAAUAAAACCCAUAGACAUGCUCUGCUUCUGUCAUGGAUGUGUUGGACCUUGAUCAAAUGAUCUCCCUAUACCUAUUAUAUCAGAAAUGUUAAAGUAUGGAAGUGUUAUCAGAAGUUAUGUGAUGCUGCAUUAAUUGCUGUUUAAAAAUGUUCUACAAGGGUCAAGUUUUCAUUUAUUGUCCUGAAAAUUCCUGAGUGCUUUUAAAACAUGAUGCAGUAGAACUAUGUUAUAUAGUAAGCCUGGGAACUUUAUGCAUGUCAAAUGUAUAGGAAUUAUACACAGAUUUGUGUAAUUAGUUCUUACAACCAUUUUUGUUUAAGUAUAUACCACUAUUCAUUUACCACUGAAGCAUAGCUAUGCAACAGCUGAAAAUCAACAUCAAUAAAGACAAAGUUUCAUAUUCAGCUAAAUUACAGAGAACAUUGUGCUGAACAGAAUAAAAUUAUCAGUUCU